UUUCUUUCUCUCUCCUUAACCCUCGUUCGAUCUAGGCCUUCGGCCGCUGCCUUCUCUUCCGCCGAAACCAUGGCUUCCACCACUGAAAUUUCUUCCUCCUCCAUGGAUGCCUUCACUGCUGCUUCUACCUCCUCGACUAUGGCGCCGGUUUCUGCCCCUUUUACCGACGCAGCCGUGGUCCUCACUAGCGCCUCUGUCUCCUUGACCGAGCCGCCGCCAGUGAUUUCUUCUCAACCGGGAUCAUCUUUGCACACUGCCGGUUCCCCUAUUGUUACGGAUGGUCCGUACUCUCUGUUUCACACCAUCCCUUCGGUACUCCCAUGGCAGCCACCGGUCAUUCCUGCUGCCGGCAGUCUCUUCUCAACUCCGGUACCGUCUACCGCGCAACCGCUACACCCCACCCCUGGCAGUUUUGGUUCAACAUUUUUCGGUGCUCCUGGGAUAUCUCGGCCGCAUGAUCCCUCCCUAUUUCAGUCUCCGAUGGCAGUGGUUUCUCAAUCCAUCUCACCGGCCAACAACGUUACUCAAAUUGUUACUAUUAAGCUUAAAGCUGUGGAAGAUUACAUCACCUGGCGCACUCAAUUCGAAGCUUUCCUCGUCUCUCAAGGUGUGUUUGGUUUCUUGGAUGGUUCCACAAAGGUACCUCCGAUGUACACGAUUGACUUUAAUAAUCAUCAAAUAAUUAAUACGGAGUAUCAUCACUGGUUAAGGGUUGAUCAAACAAUUCGUUCUUGGAUUUUUGCUACUCUUACUCGUGAUGUAUUAAUUGAUGUCCAUGAACUUAAACACUCCUUUGAGAUUUGGGAAAGAUUGCAAAAUCGUUUUCGUUCUGCUAGUCUGGCUAGAGCAAUGACACUUAGGCGUUUAUUGUCUAAUGUGAAAAAGAAGGAAAAUCAGUCUAUGGAAAAUUAUUUAAGAGAAAUUCAUGCAUUAGUAAGCGAAUUAGCUACAAUAAAUUCUCCUGUGUCCGAUAAAGAAGUUCUUCAAACCACACUUAUGGGGCUCGGACCAGAAUAUGAAUCCACCAUGGGCACUAUUUCUCUUUUUCCCGAUAAUUUCCCGCCAGACAUUCUUCACCGGAGCUUGUUAGAAGCCGAACAGAGGGUCCUAUAUCUUCGUCAGCAAAAUACUCCGCCUGCUUACCAAGCUUUCGGUGUCCAAGAUCGAGACAGAGCCCCACAUGGAGGCCGCGGUGGCCGCGGCAGGGGUGGCCGUGGAAGAAACGGCCGCGGCAGAGGCCGUGGUUACCACCAGUACGGCCAGCAACCGGGCCACGGGCAGCAGCAGUCAGCUCCGCAACAGGGCCAGCAACCGGGACAGCACCAUCAGCAGGGGUUCGGCCAGCAACAACUGAGACCUCCGAAUGCAGGCUCUUCAUCAACUGAGGGAAUUCUUGGGGCAAUUCCCCCACCCGUUGUGUGUCAAAUCUGUUUUUCUGCAGGCCAUUCUGCAAUCAACUGUCCCUCUCGUUUUUCUCCAUCUACUGCACCUGUUCUUCUCACCGGUCAAGCUAAUGAAGCUCUGUGGUAUCCAGACACUGGUGCUUCUGCUCAUAUGACUUCCUCUGAAGGACAAAAUUUCGGGGGCGGUUCUUCUUCGGGCAACAACUAAUGGCCAUCUCUAUCCUCUCAGCCUGAGUCCACCAUCUAGCCUAGCUUUAUCUUCAGUCCUCACCACCGGCCCUGUGUGGCAUCGUAGAUUAGGUCAUUGUGGUGAAAAUAUUUUACGUAUUUUAAGUGGUCAAAAACGCAUAUGUAAUAGCUCUAGUUUUUCCCAUGACUGUAUUUCUUGCCGGUUAGGCAAGUCUCAACGAUUACCCUUUUCAGAUGCUAUUCACACUUCUUCCUCU